AGAUGGCGACAACCGCAGUUCCUCCCGCAGCUCCCCCACCUCCGCAGUCCAGCAACGCCUUGCGGGAGACGCGUUAAGUGCAGCGGCCACAAGCUGACCUGUCCGGGGUGCAACAUCACUAAAGAAGCUGCUGCAGGAUGAAAAGAUGGCAGCACGGCUGCUCGCACCACCAGGCCCUGAUAGUUUUAAACCCUUCACUCCGGAGUCUCUGGCAAACAUUGAGAAACACAUUGCAGAGCUAAAAAAGAAGCAGAAGCAACGUCCAAAGCAAGACAGCAGCCACCGGGAUGACGACGAAGACAGCAAACCCAAACCAAACAGUGACCUUGAGGCAGGGAAGAAUUUGCCUUUCAUCUAUGGGGACAUCCCUAAAGGCCUGGUUGCUGUUCCACUGGAGGACUUUGACCCUUAUUAUAUGACCCAGAAAACCUUUGUAGUACUAAACAGAGGGAAAACACUCUUCCGAUUUAGUGCCACACCUGCCUUGUACAUUUUAAGUCCUUUUAAUCUCUUUAGAAGAAUAGCUAUUAAAAUUUUGAUACAUUCAGUAUUUAGCAUGAUCAUUAUGUGCACUAUUUUGACCAACUGUGUAUUCAUGACUUUUAGUAACCCACCUGAGUGGUCCAAGAAUGUGGAGUAUACAUUCACUGGGAUUUAUACCUUUGAAUCACUUGUGAAAAUUAUUGCAAGAGGUUUCUGUAUAGAUGGCUUCACCUUCCUGCGGGAUCCCUGGAACUGGUUGGAUUUCAGUGUCAUCAUGAUGGCAUAUGUCACAGAGUUUGUGGACCUUGGGAAUGUCUCAGCAUUGAGAACUUUCAGAGUUCUCCGAGCUUUGAAAACUAUCUCUGUCAUUCCAGGCUUGAAGACCAUUGUGGGGGCCCUAAUUCAGUCUGUGAAGAAGCUUUCAGAUGUCAUGAUCUUGACAGUGUUUUGUCUCAGUGUCUUUGCCCUGAUUGGGUUGCAGCUUUUCAUGGGCAAUUUGAGGAACAAGUGUGUGAUUUGGCCAAUUAAUGUGAAUGAGACUUUCCUGGAUAAUGGCUCGAGGGGCUUUGACUGGGAGGAAUACACCAACAAUAUGUCAAAUUUUUACAUCAUUCCUGGUGCCCCUGAUCCUUUGCUCUGUGGGAACAGCUCAGAUGCAGGUCAAUGCCCAGAGGGUUACACAUGCAUGAAGGCAGGAAGGAACCCCAACUACGGUUACACAAGCUUUGACACUUUCAGCUGGGCUUUCCUGGCUUUAUUUCGCCUUAUGACUCAGGACUUUUGGGAAAACUUGUAUCAAUUAACCUUACGAGCAGCAGGAAAAACCUACAUGAUCUUCUUUGUCUUAGUGAUCUUUGUGGGAUCAUUUUAUCUGGUUAAUCUCAUUCUGGCUGUGGUAGCCAUGGCUUAUGAAGAGCAGAACCAGGCCACGCUGGAGGAGGCAGAGCAGAAGGAGGCAGAAUUUAAAGCCAUGUUGGAGCAAUUGAAAAAGCAGCAGGAAGAGGCACAAGCUGCUGCUAUGGUCACUUCAGCAGGGACAGUCUCUGAAGAUGCUGUGGAAGAUGAUGGUGGGGUGAGGAUGUCCCGCAGCUCUUCAGAGAUUUCCAAACUCAGCUCCAAGAGUGCCAAGGAACGUCGGAACAGGAGGAAGAAAAAGAAGGACAAGGAGCUGUCAGAAGGAGAGGAGAAGUGUGACAGUGAGAAGGUGUUCAAGUCAGAGUCUGAGGAUGGCAUGAGGAGGAAAGCAUUCAGGCUACCAGAUAACAGGCUAGGAAGGAAAUUUUCCAUCAUGAACCAGUCUCUCCUCAGCAUCCCAGGCUCCCCUUUUCUCUCCCGCCACAACAGCAAGAGCAGCAUUUUCAGCUACAAGGGGAGAUUUCGGGACCCGGGCUCGGAGAACGAGUUCGCAGACGACGAGCACAGCACCGUGGAGGAGAGCGAAGGCCGGAGGGAUUCCCUCUUCAUCCCCAUCCGUGGCAGGGACAGGAGGAGCAGCUACAGUGGUUACAGUGGUUACAGCCAGGGCAGCAGAUCCUCCCGGAUCUUCCCCAACCUCCGCCGUAACCUCAAGAGGAACAGCACCGUGGAUUGCAACGGGGUCGUCUCCCUCAUCGGGGGUCCCCCCUCCAGCAUGCCCGGGGGACGUCUUCUGCCUGAGGUGAAAACAGAUGAGGCAGCUCCUGAUGGCAGUGGAAUGACUGAAAUUGAGAUCAGGAAGAAAGCUGGUGGCUCCCUCAUGGUCUCCAUGGAUCAGGUGAAUGCAUCCUAUGGAAGGAAGGAUCGGACCAACAGCGUGAUGACCGGGUUGACAAACACCCUUGUGGAGGAGCUGGAAGAGUCCCAGAGGAAGUGUCCCCCUUGCUGGUACAAGUUUGCCAACACGUUCUUGAUCUGGGAAUGCCACCCCUACUGGAUCAAGCUGAAGGAGAUAGUGAACUUAAUUGUCAUGGAUCCUUUUGUUGACUUGGCCAUCACCAUCUGUAUUGUGCUGAACACCUUGUUCAUGGCCAUGGAGCAUCACCCCAUGACCCCAGAGUUUGAACACGUGCUCUCUGUGGGAAACCUGGUGUUCACUGGAAUUUUCACAGCAGAGAUGUUUCUGAAGCUCAUUGCCAUGGAUCCCUACUAUUAUUUCCAAGAAGGCUGGAAUAUCUUUGAUGGCUUUAUUGUCUCCCUCAGCUUAAUGGAACUGAGUCUGGCAGAUGUGGAAGGACUUUCUGUGCUGAGAUCCUUUCGAUUGCUGAGAGUCUUCAAACUGGCCAAGUCCUGGCCUACACUGAACAUGCUGAUCAAAAUCAUCGGGAACUCAGUGGGUGCUUUGGGGAACUUGACCUUGGUGCUUGCCAUCAUUGUCUUCAUCUUUGCUGUGGUGGGCAUGCAGCUCUUUGGCAAAAGCUACAAGGAGUGUGUCUGCAAGAUCAAUCCGGAGUGUGAGCUACCCCGCUGGCACAUGCACGAUUUCUUCCACUCCUUCCUUAUUGUCUUCCGUGUGUUGUGUGGGGAAUGGAUUGAGACCAUGUGGGAUUGUAUGGAAGUAGCAGGACAGGCCAUGUGCUUGAUUGUCUUCAUGAUGGUCAUGGUCAUCGGAAAUCUGGUGGUGCUGAACCUCUUCUUGGCCUUGCUCCUGAGCUCCUUCAGUGCAGACAACUUGGCAGCCACGGAUGAUGAUGGGGAGAUGAACAACCUGCAGAUCUCCGUCAUCCGCAUCAAGAAGGGCAUCGCCUGGACCAAAGCCAAAGUCCGGGAAUUUAUGCAAGCCCACUUCAAGCAGAGGGAAGGAGAUGAGGUCAAACCCUUGGAUGAGCUCUAUGACAAGAAGGUCAACUGCAUUGCCAACCACACGGGGCCUGAUAUCAACAGGGACAUUGAUUAUCAGAAGAACGGCAACGGCACGACGAGCGGCAUCGGGAGCAGCGUGGAGAAAUACAUCAUUGAUGAGGAUCACAUGUCCUUCAUCAACAACCCAAACCUCACUGUCCGGGUCCCAAUUGCUGUGGGGGAAUCAGAUUUUGAAAAUCUCAACACAGAAGAUUUCAGCAGUGAUACAGAUCCUGAUGGCAGCAAAGAGAAACUUGAUGACACCAGCUCCUCUGAAGGCAGCACCAUUGAUAUAAAGCCUGAAGUGGAAGAAGUCCCUGUGGAGGCACCAGAAGAAUAUCUGGACCCAGAUGCCUGCUUCACAGAAGGUUGUGUGCAGCGCUGCAAGUGUUGCCAGGUGAAUAUUGAGGAGGGGCUGGGGAAGUCUUGGUGGACCUUGAGGAAGACUUGUUUCCUGAUUGUGGAACAUAAUUGGUUUGAGACUUUCAUCAUCUUUAUGAUCCUGCUGAGCAGUGGGGCUCUGGCUUUUGAGGAUAUUUACAUAGAACAGAGAAAAACCAUCCGGACCAUCCUGGAGUAUGCAGAUAAAGUCUUCACUUACAUUUUCAUCCUGGAGAUGUUGCUGAAGUGGUGUGCUUAUGGAUUUGUCAAGUUCUUCACCAAUGCCUGGUGCUGGCUGGAUUUCCUCAUUGUGGCUGUCUCUUUAGUCAGCCUUAUAGCUAAUGCACUGGGCUACUCGGAACUAGGUGCCAUAAAGUCCCUUAGGACACUAAGAGCCUUGAGGCCUUUAAGAGCGUUGUCCCGAUUUGAGGGGAUGAGGGUGGUUGUCAACGCCUUGGUUGGGGCUAUCCCUUCCAUUAUGAAUGUCUUGUUGGUCUGCCUUAUCUUCUGGCUGAUUUUCAGCAUUAUGGGGGUUAACCUGUUUGCUGGGAAAUAUCAUUACUGCUUUAAUGAAACAGCUGAGGAACGCUUUGAGAUCGAAAUUGUUAACAACAAAACAGACUGUGAAGCCCUGAUGCCUCCCAACUCCACUGAGAUUCGCUGGAAGAACGUGAAAAUUAACUUUGACAACGUUGGGGCAGGAUAUCUGGCUCUUCUGCAAGUUGCUACCUUCAAGGGCUGGAUGGACAUCAUGUAUGCAGCAGUAGACUCCAGAAAGCAAGAAGAGCAGCCCAAGUAUGAGGACAACAUCUACAUGUACAUAUAUUUUGUCAUCUUCAUUAUUUUUGGCUCCUUUUUCACCCUCAACUUGUUCAUUGGUGUCAUCAUUGACAACUUCAAUCAACAAAAGAAAAAGUUUGGAGGUCAAGAUAUUUUCAUGACAGAAGAACAGAAGAAGUACUAUAAUGCCAUGAAAAAACUGGGCUCCAAGAAGCCUCAGAAACCUAUUCCCCGACCUCUGAACCGCAUCCAAGGAGCCGUCUUUGACUUUGUCACUCAGCAAGCCUUUGACAUUGUCAUCAUGAUGCUCAUUUGCCUCAACAUGGUGACCAUGAUGGUGGAGACAGACACCCAAAGCAAGCAGAUGGAGGACAUCCUCUACUGGAUCAACUUUGUGUUUGUCAUCUUCUUCACCUGUGAGUGUGUGCUGAAGAUGUUCGCCUUACGGCACUAUUAUUUCACCAUCGGGUGGAACAUUUUUGACUUCGUGGUUGUGAUUCUGUCCAUCGUGGGAAUGUUCCUGGCUGAAAUCAUUGAGAAGUACUUUGUGUCCCCCACUCUCUUCCGAGUCAUCCGCCUGGCUCGCAUCGGCCGCAUCCUCCGUCUGAUCAAAGGAGCCAAAGGGAUCCGUACUCUGCUUUUUGCCUUAAUGAUGUCCUUGCCUGCCUUGUUCAACAUCGGCCUCUUGCUCUUCUUGGUCAUGUUCAUCUUCUCCAUCUUUGGCAUGUCAAACUUUGCCUACGUCAAGCACGAGGCUGGCAUCGAUGACAUGUUCAACUUUGAGACCUUUGGCAACAGCAUGAUCUGCUUGUUCCAGAUCACCACCUCGGCGGGGUGGGAUGGGCUCCUGCUGCCCAUCCUCAACAGACCCCCGGACUGCGACCUGGAUAAGGAGCACCCCGGGAGUGGUUUUAAAGGGGAUUGUGGGAACCCUUCGGUGGGGAUCUUUUUCUUCGUCAGUUACAUCAUCAUCUCCUUCCUCAUCGUGGUCAACAUGUACAUUGCCAUCAUCCUGGAGAAUUUCAGCGUGGCGACCGAGGAGAGCGCCGACCCGCUCAGCGAGGAUGAUUUUGAGACCUUUUAUGAGAUUUGGGAGAAGUUUGACCCCGAUGCCACCCAGUUCAUCGAGUACAGCAAACUCGCCGACUUCGCCGACGCUUUGGAGCAUCCUCUGCGCGUCCCCAAACCCAACACCAUCGAACUCAUUGCCAUGGACCUGCCGAUGGUCAGUGGAGACAGGAUCCACUGUUUAGACAUCCUCUUUGCCUUCACCAAACGUGUGCUGGGGGACAGCGGGGAGCUGGAUAUCCUGAGGCAGCAGAUGGAGGAGAGGUUUGUGGCUUCCAACCCUUCCAAAGUGUCUUACGAGCCCAUCACCACCACGCUGCGGAGGAAACAGGAGGAGGUGUCAGCAGUGGUGAUCCAGAGGGCUUACAGGGCUCGUUUGGCCAGAAGGGGCUUUAUCAGUCGCAGGGGAGUCUCCACAAAACUGGAAAACGGAGGAGCAAACAGGGAGAAAAAAGAAGGGACCCCCUCCACUGCUUCCCUCCCCUCCUACGACAGCGUCACCAAACCCGAGAAGGAGAAACAGCAACGGGCAGAGGAAGGGAAAAGAGAAAGAGCCAAAAGACCAAAAGAUGUCAGGGAAUCCAAGUGUUGAGACAAACCCAACCAACAAACCCUAAAAAAAAAAUAAAAAAUACUAGAGUUGUACAAAUUAACAAUAUUUGCAAGUCGAAAAGGUUGUUUACAAACUUCAUGGAAAAAAAAAAUAUAUCAAUACAGAACAGCUGUGGAGACACUUAGCUGAAGAUCUUAUACCAAACAUAGUCUGCUUCCUGUGUGACAGCGUUGCAUCUAAAGCAGUGACCUACCACCUGGUAAAGGACCCUUGUAAACAAACAUUUAAACACACACACACACAAAAAAAAAAAAAAAAAAGGAAAAAAAAAGGAUUUUCUAUUAUUUGGGCAGGUGGAUACUGCAUGUUCCACGUCAGUCAAUGCAACUUAGGACAACCAAGCAAAAUAAAACACACACACACACAUACAGAGAGAGAGAAACAAAACCUGCUGCUGGGAUUCACCUGUUUUCCAAAGCAGCCAAAAAAAACAAAACAAAAAAAGGAUUUUAUUUUCCCAUUUUGUUGAUUAUUAUUGAAAAGAAAACCCAGAAGUCACAGCGUGAAAGGGUUUGUUCAUGCAGAGCUAGAUUUGCAUUUAGUUAAGCAGCAAAAAAAAAAAAAAAAAAAAAAAAAAAAAAAAAAGAAAAAAAAAAAAAAAAAUUAAAAUCAUUGAAAAGAAACCAAAAAAAAAAAAAAAAAAAAAAGGAAACACAAAGCACCCAUUUAGCCCAAUGCCAUCUGAUUGUUCUGGUUUAUUUGCUGUUUUCUUACCUCCACUCUACUUCCUUCCGUGGGCUUUACUCUUGGUUUGGGAGUUGGGGUGCUCAGGGACCUUCAGCCUGGAGCCAGCCCCCACGUGCUCGUGUGAUGCCCAGAAGCACCCUGCAUGCUGGCAUGCUGUGACCAGGGACCAUGCAUGAGGAACCAUCCCCCAGCUGGGCCAUGGCCCCAGCACUCUCUGAAAGCCAUAAAUUCCAGGCACUCCACUGACUUCCUCACACUGGAUUUGGAGAGAAAAAAAACACCCAGGAACCCCUUGCCCUUCACCACAACUUCCCCAGGGCUUGGGGAGUGAGAAACCAACCAACAGCAACAACAAAACCCAAGCAGAUGAAAUAAUUGUGUGUGUCUGUUCAACAGUUUGCUCUGUGGGGUAUUUUUUCUGUUUUUUUCACUCCAUCCAGACAUUUUUAUUUGUUUGUUUGUUAGAUUUCACUGACAAAACUUCCAAGUGCUGCUCUGGACCUCAGCCAAGGGGAGGUGAUGGAACUGAGAAGGGGUUGAGAUGCUCUUGUCACCAAUAACCCCAAACUUUUAGGGCUUAAAUUGUACCCUGCAAUAUUUACCACGAAUAUCCAUCACUCUCCAUCCUCCAGUGUUGACAUUUUGGGUUUGUUUGGGGUUGUUUUGGGGGGUUUUUUGUGUGUAGAGACAAGUCCUAAGGGCAGUGUUACAUCCACAGGAGACACCUGGGGAGCAGGGACAGGGGACAGGGACUUAACUCCUGUCCCAUGGCCAUCAGGAUUCCUGCUCCAGGUGGGACCCAGACCCCUGGGGGGCUUCCUGGUCCCUCUGUGGUUGCCAUGGGGGUUUUGGGGGGUGCAGCACAGGAAGGGGGCAGCUGGGUGCCUUCACCUUCUUCCCAUUUUUUCCAUGUCCAUCCAGGGAUGAUUCCCAGGGCCCCGUGGGUUGGGUAGGACACAGAGCUACCUCUUGCCUCAGCAGUAAAUAAAGCCACAGAAAGCACCAUCACAAGCCAAAUUUGAGCAAUUCUCUUUUUUUUUUUGUAAUUUUUUUCUCCUCAAUCAGCAGACUCAGCCAUCCCCAGAUCCUGGUUUAGGGUUUGUUUGGGUUUUUUUUUUUAAGGGUUUUCCUUUUGUGGUGGCCUCAGGACUAAGCUGGCUCCCAGCUGCUGCUCUGGUUGAGAUGGUUUGGGGGUUUUUUGGUGGUUUUUUUUUUUUGGGUGGGGGAUCCUCCCAGGGUAAGGAGGUGCCCUUGGGAUGCCACCACCACCCCCAGGGUGCCCAGACCCAAAAAAAAAACAAAACCAAAAAAACCCCCAACCAACCAAGACAAGAGAACUUGAUGGCAAAGCUGAAUUUCAGUUCCCAUAAUCUCACAACCCAGAAAAUUACAGGAGUGACUUAAAAAAAACCCAAAGCAACAAACAAAUAUUAAAAAAAAACCAAAACAAUUAAAUAUUAAAAAAAACCCACCAUGACCCCAAGCAGGAAGCCAUCCAGCAGCCAUCUGUGCCAAGCCUGGAGCAGUUCUGCUGUCCCCAGGAACACAGUGAGGAACCUUUUCUAUCCUCUCAGCUCUUGACCCUACUUGCUCCUAGGAUAUGGUGUAUAAUAAACAAAGAGAAAAAGAAAAAAACAAACAAACAAAAAAACAUAUGUACAGGCUAAUGUUGUAAACAGCACAAAAAAAGGGAAAAAAAAAUAGCUGAAAAGUGUGGUUGAACUUUUUAAGAGAAUAUUAUAAAUACUGUAAUAUAUCAUUUUAUUUUAUCAGCAUGCCUUUUUGUAAAUACAAAGAACUACAAAAAAAUAAUAGAAUGGCUUCUGGCUUAUGCCAUUGUCCAUGGUUAUUUUUAUUUUUUUAAUCUUUUUCUGUUUUCCUUUGACUUUAGAUAGCCAGUGAACGGCCCCUAAAACAAAACCAAGAAAAACCCCACAAGGACACGUAGAACCUCAACCCCCCAAACAAAACAAAAAAGCUUUCCUGCAAAUGACCUUUGCAACAGCAAAACCUUUUUUUUUUUAUUUAUUUUGGGGGGUUCCAACGUGCAAUAAGUUGACCACUUCUAUGCAAAAUUUGGCUAAACUUCAUCAUUGCUCUUAAGCUGAGCUCUUGACUCGGAGGUGAAGCUUGGUACGUUCAGCAUUGGUGCUGGCAGCUCCGUUCAGCUCCUCAACACCUGGAAAAUAAUAAUAAUAAUAAUAAUAAAAAAAUCCCUUCCAAGGAUGUUUUUUUGAUUUUUUUUUUGUACCAUCAGAUCUGUGCUGACCAGGAGAGGACGAUGGCAGCGCUGGGAGGAGGGGAAGGAGUUGGUUCUUCAGCUCUUGGGUGGCUGAACUUCUUCUGCUCCUAGAAUUAUUAUUUUUGGUUUUUUGGGGGGGUCAGGGUGGUUUUUUCCUCUCUUCAUUUAUUCCCCAGGGUCGAAUUUUUCCAUCAGCACCUGUGGUGGGGCAGAAUUUCUGCCUCUCUUCCCUGGCAAAGUGGAGGCCAAAGAGCAUCGGGGACCUCGGGGUCACCUGCAGGGAGCUGAGAUUCCAAGUGGUGGGAAUGAGGCUUGGGUGGGGGUGGAAAAGGAGAAGCCAAGGGGAAAUAAAACUGAAAUUACAACAAGUCGGGCUCUUUCCUCCCCCCACUUCCAAAACAAAUCUUCCCUUUUGGGUUAAUUUGUGGCUGUUCCAAGAGCCAGAGGGGGAAGGGCGAGAGAGGAACCAAUUCCAGCUGCUUUACUCACUUUUCCUGUUCACCUUUUUUUAAAAAAAAAAAAACUUGGAGAAGCCAAUGUGGAACCAACCAAAUUCAAAGAGAACCAGGACUUUACGUAGAGGCCACACCCGAGUUCCAAUUAUUUGAUUUUUCUGCCGCAAAAUAAAUAAAUAAAAAAAAAAUUAAACAAACAAACAAACAAACAACUGUUAAAGCUGUAAAAGAUCAAUAGUGAAGAUUAGUGUAUUAGAAAUUGCAUGGUGGCUCAUAAUGAUCUUACCCAACAUGAUUAACGAUUACGUUACUAUAAGUCAAAAGAAAACGAAAUAAAUGUUACCCUUUUCACUGUA